ACCUCUUUCUCAGCCCCUCGUCCUCCGUCCCGCUCCUGUCUUGGUCCCUUUGGGCGGCAGCUUUCUUUGGAGUCGUGUUGGCGUGCAUCCGGAGUCACCGGGAAGUCCAUGUGGUGCUGGGGAACGAAGCUUGUGAUCUGGAUUCCAUGGUGUCUGCCCUGGCCCUCGCUUACUUCUUUGCAAAGUUGUCUCCGGAGCUCAGAGUGGCCUUUGUCCCAGUCCUCAACAUCCCUCGCUCUGAGUUCCCCCUCCGGACGGAGAGCACCUUCCUCCUCAAGGAGCACCGGAUCCCAGAGAGCUCCCUUGUCUUCCGAGAUGAGAUCGACCUCCUCGCCCUGCACCAAGCCGGUCUCCUCUCCCUAACUCUGGUCGACCACCAUGUCCUGCCCAGCAAGGAUACCGCUCUGGAGGAGGCAGUUGUCGAGGUGAUAGACCAUCGGCCCCUGGAGCGAGAGAGAGGCCCUCGGUGCAGCGUCACGUCGGAAUUGGUGGGGUCGUGUGCCACGCUGGUGACGGAGAAGAUCCUGCAGAGUUCGGUGCAGGUCCUGGACCGACCGACCGCAGCCCUCCUGCACGGCACCAUCGUGCUCGACUGCGUCAACAUGGCCCCCGAGGCUGGCAAAGUGACCCCCAAGGACGUUCACUUCGCUUCCCUCCUGGAAUCCAAGUUCCCAGAUCUGCCCCCGAGAAGCGUCAUCUUCGAAGCUCUGCAGAGCGCCAAGUUUGACGUUUCAGGACUCACGACGGACCAGAUGCUGAGAAAAGAUCUGAAAGCUGUCUCCGGGAAGGAAGUGGUCAUCGCCCUCAGCUCUGUGUACGUGACUCUAGAGACCUUCCUGCACCGUCCCGGAGCGGAGCACGACUUGAGCACCUUCUGCCAACGGAGAGGCUACGAUGCGCUGGUUGUGAUGACGAUCUCCUUCAACAAGCGGAACGAGCCCUUCCGGCAGCUUGCCGUGUACAGCCACCACGGGACGCUCCAGGCAGCGGUGUGCCAAAGCUUGGAGAAUUCUAGCAACCCCUCUCUCGGAUUGUCUCCACUGGAGAGCCCUCACCCCGCCAUCCACGCCUACAACCAGGGCAACACCACCGCCUCUCGGAAGAAAAUCCUCCCCAUCGUCAAAGACUUCCUGAGGGGGUGGGACCCACGCGGUACCAUGCAGCCCGGCCGCAAGACGAGAGCCGAGCCCGUGGAGUCUUCCCCUGGCAGCUCCGAUAGCUGCCCUCCGGAGAGGGGCGCAGCGGGCAGGAAGGAUCCCCCAAAAUCCCAGCACUUGGGGGAUGACCUCUUCGGGGACGAAGAUACCCACUUACCUCCGACGCCGAUGAACAGCCUGGUGGAUGAGUGCCCCCUUGACCGGGGGCUGCCCAAGCUAUCAGCCGAGGCCGUCUUCGAGAAAUUCAACCGCAUCGCCAUGGCCCGUUCUUCGGAGGACACCCCCGAGAAGAAAUGAGGCCCGACGUGGUUUCCUUGCUCCAAUUUCAAGGAACUUUCCAGCCAGGAGUGUGAUUGUGUGUGUGUGUGUGUGAGUGUGUGCGUGUGUACGCAUGCACGCGCAUGUAUGGACGGGUAGAAACCACUUGCUCGGGAGAGUAAACAGGUGGUACGUUUCUGGACACGGUUCUCUGCCUCACGUGGAGAAACUCUUUGCAUCCAACUGUGGAAGAAAUGAAGGAAUGUUUGGUGCUUGGGUUAGCUCAGAGCAUCCUGGAUUUGCGGGGGGGGGGGGUAUAUAACUGGGGAGGGCGCUCCGUUGUGCAUGACUUAACGUGGUAAUAAAAGCCUAUAAGCAGUCACAAUUCUGGGGUACGCAGAAUGUGAGUGUAACCCUACAGGGGUGUAAUUAUUGACCCUCUGUUCUUGUGACCCCUUUGAUAGCUCUGCCUAUAGAGAAUGACACAGUGAGAAGGGGGAAUAUUGACAUAUAUAAAUUGGGAGUGGGGGGAGUUAUGUAGAAGGUGCCGGCAAGAGAUGACCCUUAAAGCUUCUACACUUCUCCCAAAAUUCAUCCCAGAUGAUGCAGCGCAAAGCGCGCCAGACAGGUGGAUCCAGUUUACAGGACGCCACCCUGUGGAAAUUGUCCUGCACAAGCCAGUGUUCUUUUCAGCAAGUCUUGUGUAGGACACCUUCCUGAUAGAUUGCUUUACCCUGGUAAAGAAGUCUUGUGUCAGGAGAAGGCGCCGCUGCAGAAUCCAGCCCGCUAUCAGAUUAAAUUAUCCUGAAGAAUGUUUGGGAGAAACGUGCCAUUGCGUGGUAGAUGUGCUAAGCUGUGUCAGUGAGGAAGGAGAGUGGACCAGCGUUGUUGUUCCAGAGGUGCAUGCCUCUUCACUGCUCACCCAGUGUACAUUGUUUUUAAAAGAAAAUCACUGGAACCCACUUCCUUGUACACAGAAUCUGCACAGCUUGUGUGUUUUCAAACUAGGGGUGUGCACCUGAAAACGAUUCGGAUUUCCCACUUUGGGUUUACCGAAACAAGAAAAUUGCUGCGUCUGCUGCCGCUCUCCCCGAAGCUUUCCAAAAUGCUCCGAAGCUUUCGGAAAGCUUUGCUUCGGUAUUUCCGAAUUGGCUCAGCAAUGCCGGGGGCCGAUUUGGAAAUACCAGAUCAUUCCUAAUCGGGCCCGAUUUGAGUUAAAAACCUGAAUCGGAAACCUGAAGUGCACACCUUUAGUGCAAACCACCAUUUCAAUCAUUCACACGUGUGCAUGUGUGUACACACAGACAUUUAGGAAAAUGGCCAAUUUCCACACGAGUGACUAGCCAUCGCUCCUUCAUGCCACUUGCAGAAAUGGUAGGAUUUGUGAUGGGGUGCCACUCGUGAACUAUUCUGAAAGGACAUGGAACUGAUUCCCUGUUCGUGAACAUUUUUAGAGUUGUGAAAUCUAACCCCCCACUUGGGUGCACGUGUGUCUUUGAAGUGUACGGAAUUAUUUGGGCUUCCUCCCACUUCGGCAAUAAAUUUUCCAGGGUUUGAGCAGUGUGCAUCAUUUUGUGUCCAAGUGGGUUGGCUGGGCAAAUGGAGAUCUCCCGACACAGCCGUCUUGGGGCUCCACCCGUGACCCGGGCACAUUUUGGGGUUAAGAGUGGAGUGUCUGUGUGUAUGUGCAUAAUUUAGAAAGAUGUGCUCUGCUCUGAAGAGGAGCCCCACCCUGGAGAGGAAGGCUUUCUGAAACUGCCCUGUAACGCCUGGAUCGUCUAUAGUCGUUUGGUGGCAUGUAGCCAGAAUGUUAUUACAGAGAGCAUCUCAAAACUAAUUUAAUAUACUUUUUAAAUGGGAAAAGCCCUGUUGCUUAAAUAUGGUUUCUAUUUGAUUAAGAAUUCUUAAGAUAU